UAAGAAUUAGGAGCUGCUGACAUUUCAAUAUGAAGGACAACUUCACCCUCGCCACCAUCAGCAAAAACAUCACCAACAGUCUUCACGUCGGACAUGUGAACAUCUCUGGCAACGAGUCUACCUUUAAUUGCUCACAUAAACCAUCAGAUAAGCAUUUAGAUGCAAUUCCUGUUCUCUACUACAUUAUUUUUGUGGUUGGAUUUCUUGUCAAUACUAUUGUGGUUACGCUGUUUUGUUGUCAAAAGGGUCCUAAAAAGGUUUCCAGCAUUUACAUCUUCAAUCUGGCUGUGGCUGACUUACUGCUUUUGGCUACUCUUCCUCUCUGGGCAACUUACUAUUCUUACAGAUAUGACUGGCUCUUUGGACCUGUGAUGUGCAAAGUUUUUGGUUCUUUCCUGACUCUAAACAUGUUUGCAAGCAUUUUUUUUAUCACCUGCAUGAGUGUUGAUAGGUACCAAUCUGUCAUCUACCCCUUUCUGUCUCAGAGAAGAAAUCCCUGGCAAGCAUCUUAUAUAGUUCCCCUUGUUUGGUGUAUGGCCUGUCUGUCCUCAUUGCCAACAUUUUAUUUCCGAGAUGUCAGAACCAUUGAAUAUCUAGGAGUGAAUGCUUGCAUUAUGGCUUUCCCACCUGAGAAAUAUGCCCAAUGGUCAGCUGGGAUUGCCUUAAUGAAAAAUAUCCUUGGUUUUAUUAUUCCUUUAAUAUUCAUAGCAACAUGCUAUUUCGGAAUCAGAAAACACCUACUGAAGACCAAUAGCUAUGGGAAGAACAGAAUAACUCGUGACCAAGUCCUGAAGAUGGCAGCUGCUGUUGUUCUGGCGUUCAUCAUUUGUUGGCUUCCCUUCCAUGUUCUGACCUUCCUGGAUGCUCUGGCCUGGAUGGGUGUCAUUAAUAGCUGUGAAGUUAUAGCAGUCAUUGACCUGGCACUUCCUUUUGCCAUCCUCCUGGGAUUCACCAACAGCUGCAUUAAUCCCUUUUUGUAUUGUUUUGUUGGAAACCGGUUCCAACAGAAGCUCCGCCGUGUAUUUAGGGUUCCAAUUACUUGGCUCCAAGGCAAGAGAGAGAGUGUGUCAUGCCGGAAAAGCAGUUCCCUUAGAGAAAUGGAGACCUUUGUGUCUUAAACAUGACAGUGGAAUGUAUGUUAUCAACAUGGCUGCUUGUUUGAGGUCUCCUUGAAUUAUAUUUUAAUGGCUUUCGUAAAACAAGUUUUUCCCUUAAUGUAAUCUUAUCUCACUCUUCUAGAACAGGAAAUCAGAUGUAAAUUGAAGUUUUAGUCUCCAGUGACUUUCAAGCAUUGCCUCUUUUUUUCUGGCCUCUCAGGACAAAACUGUCAUUUGGGAGAUGGAUCCAUAACCUAGAAGUAACUGUGGAUUUAUCUCAAACUAUAAUUAACAACAAAUUGUGAAUGAUGAUUUGGGAUUUUAGAUUCUCCCUGACAAAUGCUGGAGUUUUUAUUGGCUUUUUUUCUUUAGAUUACAAUUUGAGGAAUUUUGAUAGAUGUAUAUAUCAAUGAAACCACUACCACAAUCAAGAUAGCUAACAUUUCCAUCACUCCCCAAGAGGUGCAAUUUUCGAAUUUUUAUUGGUUUUUGUAUCUAUUUUCAUCAGGCUUUUCUCUUGAACCAAGGCCAAUCUUUUAACUCAUUGCAUUAUUUACAAGACACCAUGCUAACAGAAAUGAGUGUUUCUAAGUGAAGUAUACUACAAUAGAUUGGUACCGAUUAUUCAGGCUCUAGGCAUAUGCCUUUUACUUUAUAUUAUAAGUAAUAAUCCUUUUAUAUUUCACUUGAGCAUAGGUUUAUAUUUAAGAUAUAGCUACAUAUUGAGUAGGGCUAGGAAUAUAGAUUAGAUCACAUGUACUACACUUUAGUUUAUAUUUACAGUUAUAGAAAGUAAAAUAUAUAAUAAUGCAGAUUUGUAAUUAACAAAUAUUUGAGUGUUCACU